CGGCGGCCCACGAAGCCGGAAGCCGAGUCCGAGUCCGAGUCCGGAGCGCCCCGUCAUGCCGCCGCCGCCGCCGCCGCCCGCCGUCCCGCUGCUGCUCCUCGGCCUGGUGCUCGGCGCCCGCGCCAUCUCCUUCCACCUGCCCUCCAACUCCAGGAAGUGUCUCCGCGAGGAGAUCCACAAGGACGUGCUGGUGACCGGCGAGUACGAGCUGAGCGAGCAGCCGGGCGGCCGCACCGACCUGAAGGUGACGGAUUCCUCUGGACACAUUCUAUACUCCAAGGAGGAGGCGAGCAAGGGCAAGUUUGCCUUCACCACCGACGACUAUGACAUGUUCGAGAUCUGCUUUGAGAGCCGGCUGCCGGCAGGUCACUUCCGGGUACCGGACCAGCUGAUUGUCCUCAACACCAAGCACGGGGUGGAAGCCAAGAACUAUGAAGAUAUUGCAAAGGCAGAGAAGCUGAAACCCCUGGAGGUGGAGCUGCGACGGCUGGAGGACCUGUCAGAGUCGAUCGUCAAUGACUUUGCCUACAUGAAGCAGCGGGAGGAGGAGAUGCGGGACACGAAUGAGUCGACCAGUGCCCGCGUUCUCUACUUCAGCAUCUUUUCUAUGUGUUGUCUGGUUGGACUGGCCACCUGGCAGGUUUUCUACCUUCGUCGUUUCUUCAAAGCCAAGAAACUCAUCGAGUAAAGCCGAUCGGGGAGUUUGUGUGUAUGUGUGUCUGGGUUGGAGGGGGCAAUUUAUCACUGUUUUGUAUUAAAUGGGAUGCUUUAAGUGUUCUGAGCACGUGCUGUGUGUUAAUUUACAACACUGGGGUCGAUAAUUGGCCCUUGGCUGGGGCGGAGGACAUUCUGAAUCUUGUGAACGGACAUUAAACUUCAUCUACCACUUGGACUAGAUCGCUCCCCACGGAAAAGAUGAGCAAAGGACCUCGGGCGAAAUUUUGUAGAAACUUAUUUCCGCAGGCUGAGGGUCUGCCUCAAAAACAGAACGCUGGCAAAGCCAGUGCCCGUAGAGAGGAUCUGUCACCAUCUCUGGUCGACAAAGAAGGGAUUUUAACCAGUAUUUUGUUCUUGACUCAGAUUUCCAGCUGCAGAUUUUCUGGAAUUCCAAGUAGCUUGCAAAAUAAAGGUAUUAUCUUGCAGUGGGCAAGGAUCUGCAGUAGUCUUUUAACAAGAUAAUUACCCCAAAGAGAACUAAGUUAACUUGCUGCCUCACCUGAAUCUAUUAUAGGGGUCACUGCACCUAUCAGCUGUGUAUAAGUCACCUACUUUUCCCUUGGGUCAAACGCUUCUGUUUAAUGGCAACCCUCCCCCCUCCCCCCCCCCGCCCCUGCUUUUAAAACCCUCGUGGGUGAGUUCCUUGGCUCUACACACUCUGGAGCCAGCAUGUUACUGAAGCAGGUUGGCAUUUUGUUUUUUGUUGAGAGAUACAGAGCACCAAGACCGGCCCUGCAGCCCAUCGAGUCGGUGCAAACCAUCGGGCACCCAUUGACACAACCCCAUUCUGUUGAAUGCAGUAAUGCACUGUGAAUUUCAGCGAGGGCCCCACUACCUCUUGUCCAGAGUUACAUAGGUCGAGCAGAUAUCGACAUGAGGCAGUCAACUGCCCUCGUACCCUCAGUGAAAUUGAGCGCCCGAUUGCAUUCAGCAGAAUGAAAUUGUGUAAAUGGGUUUACCUGGACUCGAUGGGCCGAUGGGCUCGUGCUAGAGAUUGAUUUAAAAGAGGGAAUGAAUUUGCAGAGCUUACUCCUUACUAAAGUCUGGCUGCCCCUACAAUCCAGCCUAGGGUAAGAGAUGCCAGGCUCCACCACCGUUGGAGGUGUAGGUUGUGAGGCACUCGAUGGGCGAGAGAAACCCACGCCUGAGGCUUGUUUCGCAUUUUCUCUGCGGUGACGAUAAUGUGGUCAGUCAGUAGGAGGGAGAAGAGUCUGCGGGCGUGCGACGUGCCGGGGGUCGGUCUGUGAUCUUUCACUGUAAAACAUUUCAUUCAUUUGGAAUAGUUUUGUGCAGGAACUGUAAGAAUAAAUUUCUCUUUCAAUUGGA